AUGAUACGGAUACAAGUCUUUGAUCCUCGAGGAAAGAAGGUGGAAGUGGAUGUGGACCCGAACUCUUCCAUCAAGGAUGUGAUGGCACAGGUCGAGACCGAAACGGGUCUCGAAAAAGAGACCCAACGAUUUACGAUACAUGGCGACCGAAAUGUGUUCUUGGAACCCAUGAAGAUCUACAUUCGGGAUAGCAAGGGAAGUAAAUUCCUUAUUGACAAUGUUGAACCUCUGGAUAGCAUCGAUGAUAUCAAGAAAAGACUGGAGGCUCAAGAAAACAUUCCUGCAGAUGAUCAAUACCUCUUGUUUGGCGAAACCCCACUCAACGACGGGACAAAAAAACUUUUCGACUACGGGAUUAAGCAUAGAGCAUGGCUCGAUCUGGAGCCAAUGAAGAUCAAUAUUAAGACUACCAAGGGUGAAGUCUUUGAGUUGGUUGUCGAUCCAAAUGACACAGUCGCGGAUGUCAAGAAGCAAAUUAAUGAGACCAAGAAGAUUCCACUUGAUGAAAUCAUACUGACAUUCAAUGGAGAAAGCAUCAAAGAUGAAUCCAAACUUUCCGAAUGCGGAGUUCGGCAUAGAGAUACCUUGAAUCUCGAGAAAAUCAAAAUACAUGUCAAGAAUGGCACCAACAGGGGAAAAGGCAAGGUGCAUACCUUUGAAUUCGAGCCGACCGACAAAGUCGAGGCCAUCAAGAAGAUCAUUGCUAGCAGCAGUAAAAUUGGGAUUCCGGUACAAGAGCAACUUCUAUUCUUUCAAGGCGAGAUGCUAGUGGAGCCUGGCAAGACAUUAAGAGAAUGCAAUCUCAAGCAUGAGUCGACGGUCGAUCUGGAACAGAUGAAAAUCAAAGUCAGCACGUUCAAUGGCGACAAGUUCAAGAUGGACGUCGAACAAACCGAUACUAUUGAGGAUAUCAAGGAGAAAAUUAUGGAAAAGAAGGGCAUUCCUAUGAAAGAUCAAAUCUUGCUGUUCAAUGGUAAAAAACUCCCACUAAAAGGGGAUGUUGAGUCCCCCACUGGCGAGCAACUGAAGGAUAUCGAUAUGACACUGUUCGACUGUGGCAUUCAUCAUCUCGAUAAACUAGUGGUAGAGGAGCACAUGAAGGUACUUGUACAGGAUGAUACCAAGGAGGGAGGUGGUAAGGUAUACACAUUGUAUACCGAAGAGACAUACCCAAUCAGUCGGGUCAUGGAUAUGAUUGCCGACGAAGUUGGCAUGCCCAAGGAAAAACAACUCUUAUCCUAUGAAGAACGAUUUAUCAUCGAAAAGGAUGUGGCUACCACGUUGAAGGAUUAUGGUAUCAAACACAAGACAACUAUUCACUUGGUGCCGAUGAUCGUCAAUAUCAAAACAUUCCAAGGCGACACCUUCCCCUUGGCAGUUGAGCCAACGGAUACGGUACAGAGCAUCAAGGAUCGAAUCACGGAAAUGAAGGAAAUUCCAUUGAAAGAUCAAAUCAUACUGUUCAAUGACGAGCGUCUUAAUGAUCCAAACAAGUCGCUAGCGGAUUGUGGAAUCCAACACUUGGACACAAUGACAGUCGAAGAACACAUGAAGGUGUUCGUUCAGGAUGACACCAAGAAUGGAGGCGGCAAGGUAUACACCUUUUACACUGAAGAGACAUUCAGCAUCAGCAAAAUCACGGAUAUGAUUGCGGAAGAAGUGGGAAUUCCUCAGAAGAAGCAGUUAUUGUCGUAUGCCGACUCGUUGAUCUUUGACAAAGACUUGGGCACCACUCUCAAGGACUAUGGUAUCAAGCACAAAUCAACAAUAUUCUUGGUCCAAAUGAUGAUUAAUGUCAAGACCUUCCAGGGCGACGCCUUUAUGAUGACUGUCGACCCAAGCGACAAGUGUCGACGAAUCAAAACAAAGGUGAAGGAUGUGAAAGACAUUCCUUUGAACGACCAAAUUUUGAUAUUCAAUGACCAACGUGUCAGUGACAUGGAUUCGAUGAAAGACUGUGGAAUCAAGCAUGGUGACACUGUCUUUAUCAACCAAGCAAUGAAGGUGAAUAUCCAAGAUGAUACGAGAGGAGCAAAUGAAAAGGUGUAUACCUUUUACAUGGAGGAGAACGACACUAUCCAUAUGGUUGCCAUGUUGAUCCAAAAUAAGAUCGGGAUUGAGAAAGAUAAGCAACGCAUGACAUUCAAGGACGAGAAGCUUGAGGAAGAAGACAAGUCCCUGAAAGAUUGCGGUAUCAAGCACGACGAUACGAUUCAUGUCAAGAAAUCAUAUAUUCCAGUCGACUGGAAGAAGACUGUUGAAGAGAAGUAUGGAAAGGUCAAGGUGACAACCUACAAUGUCGACUACACGCUAGACAAAGGUGUCAUUGCGGGUAUAAAGGGCGAAAAAGAGGUGACCAUUGACGUCACAGGACGAAGGAGAAGUGAGAUGGCGGACCAGCAAAAGGAAUUCAUGGCGGAGAGAGCAAAGAGUCCGAAGAAGAGCCCGAAGAAGGGAAGGAGGUCUAUGAAGGAAUUCUUGGACGACGUAGCAGUGAGUAAAGAGAAACUAGCAGAGUUGGAAAAAGCAGAUUUGGAAAAAGAAGACAAGUAG